GCGCUCUCCGUCGGUUUCCACCCGCAUCUGGCCUGUUCCACUUCCACAGCCCACACUGCUGAAAGUAGGCCAUCCUCCUCUGGCCGUUACUCUGCGUGUGUUGCGUCUGACGUCAGAGCGUCAGCUGGCCGAAUGUUUACAUCCAGCAGUGAUGUGUUUCUGACUGGAUCCCCCACCAACAAAAGGCUGAGCACAAGGAAAAGCGCAGAGACAGAGAAUAUCAGGCGGCGUUAAUAAGAGUCAGGAUGGGUGGAGCUGUGAGUGCCGGUGAGGACAAUGAUGACUUGAUUGACAACCUUAAGGAGGCUUACUACAUCCGCUCAGACCUGGUGGAGCGAGCUUUCCGAGCUAUCGACCGUGCAGACUAUUACCUGGAUGAAUACCGGGAUAACGCAUAUAAGGAUCUGGCAUGGCGGCACGGAAACAUCCACCUAUCUGCUCCGUGUAUUUACUCGGAAGUGAUGGAGGCUUUGGAUCUCCACCCUGGACUUUCCUUUCUCAACCUUGGCAGUGGGACGGGCUACCUCAGCACCAUGGUCGGCCUCAUUCUGGGUCCCUUUGGAGUGAAUCACGGCAUAGAGUUACAUGCAGAUGUGAUAGAGUACGCCUACCAGAAGCUCGACUCCUUCAUUAAAACCAGCGACAGUUUUGACAAAUUUGAGUUCUGUGAGCCAUCCUUCGUGGUGGGAAACUGCUUGGAGAUCCCUCCAGAGAGCCGUCAGUAUGACAGGGUGUACUGCGGGGCCGGCGUGCAGAAAGAGCAUGAGGAUUAUAUGAAGAACCUGCUCAAGGUGGGGGGCAUCCUGGUGAUGCCUCUUGAGGAAAAGUUGACCAAGAUCACUCGAACGGGACUGAACAGCUGGGAGACCAAAAAGAUCAUCUCUGUGUCCUUCGCCCCUCUGGUGCUGCCCAAACACAGCACCAACAGCAAACCCAAGACUGUCCCACUACCCAAGUUUGAGGUGCGAUCGUUACAGGAACUGGCCCGUAUCUGCAUCCGCCACACCCUCAGAGUGACCACGGAUGGAGGAGACAGCCACUCCCGUGGCCGAGGCUCCUCGUUCAGCGUUGGCCGGGGCCUGGCAGUGGCAGGGCUUCAUAAGUAUGGGCCUCGCUUCAAACGCAGGAGGGUCCACCGGCGGCACUGCAACGCCCUCGUCCUGGCCACCCGCCAGGUUGUAGCCAGCAGUGGGAUUGGUCCUGCUUCCUUGGACAACAACAACAACCAGGGGGCACGAGGAGCGGAGGAAGAGGAGGAGGCAGGAGAGAGAGAAGUGAGGCAGCAGAUGAGAGGGGGCAGGAGGGUGGGGAGGGGAUCUGGAGGCAGGGCAGUCGUGGUGGAGGAGGAGGAGACGGUGGAGGAGGAGGAUGAAGAGGAGGAGCAGGAAGAGGAAGAAGAGAAGGAGACGGGCGAGCUGCUCCGACCCCAGCCCGCUGUGAAUGUCCUGAGAGAAAGGAUCCUGGGCCUGCCGCUACCCGAGCCUCUGAAGAUGUACCUGCUGUACUACAGAGAGAAAUGAGCUGCAGCCAGGUCCCGAGUCAGAGCCCAGAGCUGGAAUCUUGCAGGGGCUAAAGCCUCUGUUCCAAUCCCACCACCUCCUGUACAGGCAGGACGAUACACCUUACUGACCCCAAGCUCCGCCACGGGUCUGUUUCUCUCUUUUACCUGCCCUCAUCCUCUCCGUCAUCCAUCCUGUUUCUGCCCCCUCUUUUUCCCGCUGCUCUUUACUCGAGUCAUUUUCUGGUGCUGUGAAAGUCAGCUCCGUACGUCCAGGGGAGGGAGGGUUUUCCAUUUGUAAACUUUGGACCUCCUUUGGGGUGCAAAAAGACAGAAAUUGGUAUGAAAUAAACCAUUUAUGAAUUAGCUCUGCAGCUCUAAUAUUAGAAACAGCAGUUUAACAGUCCACUGUUGCCUGAGUACAUAGCUUGUACAGAGGCAUCUUAGUGGCACUCAGAGAAGCUACAGUCAGAGGCUAAACAAGACAGCCCAAGAUCAAAGACUGUAGCAGAGGGAUCGGUUUAGCCACAGCCUGGAACUGAUUACAGCUGGAGAGUACAGAAUGAUGGAGUGGAAGCCAGUUUGUCCACAAGCAGCUGUUAUCAUCUCACUGGGAUGAUGUCAUUUUACUAAAGAAGAUGCAGAUUAAAGGGUAUGAGAACUAAAUAGAUUUUCUUUGGUGAUGUUGUAGUUAUAGCAGACAACCGCAAGAUAGCGUGGCAGGUUUCUUCCACAGAUUUCUAAAUAAAAUGGGAGCUGUGCCUUUAGCCCCCAGUCCAUGAUGUAAUUUAAGCCCUUAAAGGAUAAUUGUGGUUUAUUUGUUUCUGUUGUGUCUCGACACUAACAGAGAUGCUCUAAGAGCCAUUUCACUUGCUGUUAAUCCCAGUGUAGAGAGAGUAGGCUGCUGCAGAGGAUGCUGGUCAGCUACUAGCUUUUUUACACCUGCUUCUAGAAUAAAAACACAACACUGAUAAUAUGUCAGGCUGGAAAUCAAAUUGUACUCGUCUUUUUUUUCUUUUUUUUUUAAACAAGGAAGCUGGUUCUAGUCUUCUGCUAAUACAUGCUAACUGGUCAGCUGAGCAUUUCUGCCAUGCUUCCUUGAUGGAUUCAAAUGUUUACAAAUGAUAAGUACAUACUAAAAGUCUGGGCUAGCAUACAGCUGCCUGUGUUGGCACAACUUUCAGUCAAAUCAAAGUUUGAGCCCUCGCUUAAUUUUUCAGCCUGAGAGGUUGCUGCUUUAAGGAACCCACAGAACUACAAUAACCAGGGGAACACAGCAAAUUUAAAUAAAACCAGAAUUACCCUUUAAAUGAUCUUAUUUUUAAGGCUGACGCUCGGUCAUCUUUUCCCUGUGUUUUAAGAGCCUAGCUGACGAUCUACUGGGCUGAGUUUUCCUUUAUUUUUUUUCUUCUUUCUUUCUUUCCUAUGCAUACGUUUCAUCAUGUGAAUUUGUCUUCGUCUCCUUGGAGAUAAAGCUGACUUUAAGCCUCACAUGUGCAUCCAAAGGGCAGUCUCACUGUUUUUCUCUGCAUCCCAUUAACCAAAAGAGAAUGACCAUAAAAUAUACUAAUAUUCCAUUUUACAUUAAAAAAACCAGCAUGAUUAAAACACACAAGUAAUUAUUCUGAUGACUGGGUGUGUGCUGUCAUGUUCCUUGUAAUAUUUAGGUUUUUUUGAAUGAAAUAAUUUUUUGAGACUUGAAGUGGUGUGUAUGUAUGAAACUGUUGUACUUUUUGUUUUGUGAAUCAUAAGAAAAAGCAACUUUAAACAGGUACUUUAAAAUAGAAGAUACUUCUUUUAAUUACCAUUUUUCCCACUGUGGACUCUAGUUUGAUGGGCAUUAUUCCUUUGUACUUUACACCUUCUUCUGUGCCAAACUUUAGUUGCAUGGACUCAAAUCUGGAGUGGGACCAGCAGAUCAACAGCAAGUCACUCAUCACAAGGAAAAAAAAUACAUUUCUAAAACUACACCACUUCCACUGUUUGGUACUUAAAAAUCAUCUAAAGCCUUAGAUUUUUUUUUUUCCAUUUGAAGGUUGUUUGCAUUCGAAGAAUCGGUUUUGAAGCACAAGGCAAUGCAGAAGCCACUCUGUAUCAGUAAUACAGUGUAUCAGAUAAAUCAUGGAUGUGACCACAAUAACAGGAAUCAGAGAAAAUAGUUCCUUCUGAGUGUAACGUCACGCUUAACUGUGAUUUUUUUUUCUACUGCUUGAUCUACUUUCAAGUACUGUAUGUGCACCAUUCCUUUAUUCAAUACAAAUACCAUUCUGCUGUGCUGUUGUGCUCCUCUGCUGAAUGUAUACGAUCACACACUUUCUUUUUUCUCCUUUUCCUAAAGAUCACAUUUUAGUGAGACUGACUUGCUUGUUUUUCUGAGUUGAGCUGUAAUAUUGACCUGCAGAUAAUAAAGUUCA